AUGGCAUUCGAGACACAACUAUACGAUCUAUUGGGGAUCGAACCAGAUGCGAAUAACGCGCAGAUCAAAAAGGCAUACCGAAUCAACGCCCUAAAAUACCAUCCAGACAAGAAUAAAGACCCAGGCGCACAGGACGUCUUUAAAGAGCUUGCAUACGCCUACGAGGUGCUCUCAGACCCCGAGAAACGAAGGUUGUACGACGACUAUGGACCCGAUGGAAUCAGCGGGGACUCUCCCACCACAAACGACAACCCACAACCAGACUUUAGUUUCAACGCGGCGCAAAAUAUCUUCUCGCACUUCUUUGGUAACUCGAUGCAGAAUGCCAUGAACCAAUCGCUUGACGCGAUGUUUAGCUCAAUGGAGUCCCAGAUGCGCCGAGGAAAGGAUAUCAAACAUCCCCUUAAGUGUACGCUCGAAGACCUUUACAAGGGUCGCACCGCCAAACUUGCAUUAAUGAAAACUGUAAUCUGCGGUUCCUGCCAGGGGUUGGGGGUCAGAGACCCUUCCUACAUCCACCAGUGUUUUGGUUGCAACGGGCAAGGCAAGGUGAUGUUCCAGCGCCAAAACGGCCCCUUCUUCGAGACCCACGAAGUCGCUUGCAGCAAGUGCCAUGGCUCUGGGAAGUUCACCAAGCCCCAAGACAAGUGUGCCACCUGCCACGGGCAGACUGUAGUUCAGGAGCGCCUGAUUUUGACCGUCUACGUGCCUCCAGGCUCGAAGCACGGUGACUGCAUAGUGUUGGACGGUGAGGGCGACCAGUACCCCAACGUGAUACCUGGUAAUGUCGUGGUCAUUGUGGACGAACAGCACCAUCUGGUGUUCAAAAGAAAAGGCCAUGACUUGAUCCAUGUGGCCCAGGUGGAUUUGAAAACUGCCUUAUGCGGCGGGGUGAUUGAUAUUCCGUCGCUUGAAGGGGGCCGAUUAUUGCGGGUGUCGAUUCUCCAGGGUGAGAUCAUUACCCCAGGUAAAUUGAAGAUGCUUUCGGGGUAUGGGAUGCCCAUU